UCUACCUACACCUCACCUCUCUCUCUCUCUCUCUCUCUCUCUCGUGAAUGAGCCCAAGAUGAGUUGCAAUGGGUGCCGGGUUCUUCGAAAAGGUUGCAGCGACAACUGCAUGCUUCGACAAUGCCUGCAAUGGAUAGAGAGCCCCCAAGCCCAAGCCCACGCCACAGUCUUCGUCGCCAAGUUCUUCGGCCGAGCCUGCCUCAUGUCCUUCAUCUCCAGCGUCCCCGAGCGCCAACGACCUGCUUUGUUUCAGUCUUUGUUAUAUGAAGCGGUCGGAAGGACGGUGAAUCCGGUGAACGGAGUGGUGGGGCUGCUCCGGACGGGGAACUGGCACGUGUGCCAGGCGGCGGUGGAGACGGUUCUCGGUGGCGGCGAAGUUUGUAACGUGGCGGAGAAGACAUCAGAUAUUCAUCAUGGUGAUCAUGACCAGCAAUUGUGUGUUAGUCCAGUGGAUCUUGAUCUUUGCUUAACACCCAGAUUGAAUAUUACGAGAAUGGAAGAAGUGGGUGGUGGAAUAAGGAAGAGGAGGAUGAGUACUAGUAGUACUGCAAGAGAAACGACGCCGUCGGAGGAGUCUGAAACGAUGACGUUGGGAAGUCAUUAUUCUUCUGGUACUGGUGGAAGAAAGACUACUCUGAAAUUAUUCCUUUCUUGAGAGCAAAUGUAUUUUCUUUUUCUAUGCAUUUCUUCUCUCUCUCUCUCUCUAAUUAGGUUUAGCUAACAGGAUUAUAGUCUUUGUGCAUGAUUAAUUGGACUUUCCUUGUAUCAAGGUCCGGCAAGUUUCGGGAUUUAGGCACAGAUUUCUCACUUCUUUUUUUUUUCUUUUUUUUUGUCCCAAGGAGAGAGAUUAUGAUCUUAAGUUGUUAAUGGAUAAUGAAAAAAGAAAAGAAAGAAAAUGCCAGCUUCUUUCUUUAAU